AUGCGUAAAAUUUAUUGGCGUCGAAAUUCUCUAACACCCAUAAUUUUCUUGGUUUUAUUAAUAUGUUUUAUUACAUUUAUAACAACAUUUCAUAUAAAUCAAGAAAGUAUUAUUUCAUUUAUUUAUCAUACACCAAACAAUUGUGAUGAAUUAGCAAGAAAUUCUUUACUUCAUCAAUCAACAAUUCCACCAUAUCAUCUAUUGAUUCCAUAUCAAGAAUUUGCUAUGCGUACAUCAAUUUCUUGUCAUUCAUAUAAACUUGAUGAACCAAAAAAAAAUCCAUCCAAACUUCAUCCAAGACAUUCGCAAUAUUUACGUGGAAAAUUUCCAUAUAUUGUACCAUAUUCUAAUAUAACAUUUAAUGAUAUAGAAAAUUUCUAUACAAAAAUUUUAGUAACAAAAAAAAAUCAAACGAAAAUUCUACGAACAUCAUUUGCUUCAAAUAUUUCAUUUGAAAAUGUACCCUAUAUAUAUAUAAACGACAUGUGGCAUCCUGUUGGUGUUAUAUCGGCACAACGAACAGCUAUAUUAAUACCAUUACAAGGUCGAGAUUUUAAUGCAAAAACAUUUAUUUUUAAUAUACAUGCAUUUGCUCGACGACAACUUCUUACCUAUACAAUUUUACUUAUUGAACAAGUUCAUCCACUUGGUCAUCGAUUUAAUAAAGGUCGUUUAUUUAAUGCUGGUGUUCGUUAUAUUCAAAAUCAAGAAUCAUUAAAUAUUACAUGUCUCAUAUUACAUGAUGUUGAUUUAAUACCUGAAAACGAUGGAAAUUUUUAUACAUGUGAACCUAUACAUCCAAAACAUACAACGAUACGAGUUCAACAAGUAGGUAGUAAACGUGGUUAUACACGUUACUAUGAAUUUUUAAUCGGUGGUGUUCUUUUAUUAACAAUGGAUUUAUAUAAAAAAGUGAAUGGUUUUUCAAAUUUAUAUUGGGGAUGGGGUGGUGAAGAUGAUGAUUUAUCAUUAAGAUUCAUACAAAGACGUAUAUGUGUUGUACGACCAAGUGAUGGUUUAGCUAUUUAUGCUGCAUUACCUCAUCCACGUGGUCAACGAAAUAAUGCACGUUUUAAUCUUUUAACAUGGUCAACUGUUCGUCUUGAUACAGAUGGUUUUGCACAAAUUGAUCCAAUGAUACGUUUUGUUGAAAUACAAAAAAGAUCAACUGUUACUCAUAUUAAAUUAGAUGUUAAUGCUAAUGAAGAUCUUUAUAAAGCACCUUCGAUGGAAGAAUAUCAAUCUUUAACAGAUCAAACUGAUGAACAUAUAACUACGACCAGGAAAACUAUAGUAAAUAAUGAUUUAUCUUUGAUUGAAUCAACAUUAAAUGAGAAAAUCAAUGAAGUAGAUAAUUUAUUACCUAAGGUUAAACAUGACCAUAAAUCGAAUAAAGAUGAAAUUGCUAGUGUAACGAACUUUUUAGAAAAAGCUAUUGCUGAGCAUCGAUAA